AUGACACAGUUUUCUUCUAGAUACUCGCGUAAUGUUGUCGGAUAUGGCUCAGUUUCACCUAGAACCACUUGGGGAAAGUUAGUCACCAUCAUCUAUGCACUGAUAGGUAUCCCCUUGAUGCUGCUGUAUCUGUCUGCUACAGGAGAUAUCUUGGCUCGAAGCUUCAGACGACUAUAUGGAAAAAUGUGUGGUGUUUCGCCUAAGCAGCUGCAGUGUCCCUGUUCGAAUACAGUUAGAGUUCCAGUGACGUUGUGUUUAGUCAUAGUCUUAGCCUAUAUUUGUUCAGGAGCAGUUUUGUUUCACCGAUUGGAAAAUUGGUCUUUAUUGGAAGGAGCUGAGCCUCUGAUAGAAUAUUUCGUCCCCAGAAGCAUUAGCGAAUUCGAUCUGUCAGUAGCAGCAGAAGAUACGCCCAUCAGUAACACCUUUCUUCCUCUUACCGUUCGAGUACCUCGUAAAAUGUUCCCAAAGCAAAAAGAAAAGGUAGUUACGUUCGAAGACGAAAUGGCAUCUCGUCUGAGCAAAAAUCCCGAGCUUCAGGACGUCUUCAUGUGA